AGCACAUGGCUAUUUAAGGAAGGCAUGGAAGCCAUAUUCUUCCAUAAUUACAGCUUGACAUGCGAAUCGGUGGAUUUUUCGUACGCGCCGUAUGCUCUAAGAGUCGCAAGAGACGUUUACAUUUAUUUUCUGGCGAAACUCACAGAGCUCCUCGACACGGUGUUCUUCGUAUUGCGCAAGAAGGAGAAGCAAAUCACAUUUCUUCACAUGUACCAUCAUACCGUGAUGCCAAUGAUAUCGUGGGGCGCUACAAAGUAUUAUCCCGGUGGCCAUGGCGUCUUUGUAGGAAUUAUAAAUAGCUUCGUGCACAUCAUCAUGUACACUUAUUAUCUACUGGCAGCAUUGCUACCUCACCAUCAGCAUAAACGGUAUCUCUGGUGGAAGAAAUACAUUACCAACCUACAAAUGACCCAAUUCUGUAUCGCCUUUAUACACAGCUGCCUAUUGUUGUUCUACGAUUGCGACUAUCCGAAAUGGUCGGUCGUUCUGGUGCUGCCGAACGCGAUGUUCUUCUAUUUCCUGUUUUCGGACUUCUACAAUAAUGCUUAUGCUUCCAAGAAGGAAAACGACGGCGCAGCGCCGCCGUCGAUUCAGAACUCGACCAAAGCGAACGGUGCCGUGGAGAAAGUGAGCAGCCACAAGAUACCGAACGGAAAAGGGAAAAGCGACUAAACGGGUACAGCCGAGGAAAGAGACGAUGCGAUCGCAAUGAGACGGUCACUACCAUUUCACUUGAAUCGCACCGCAGUCUCUAACCCGCUAAUCUAGCCGACGUAUUACGGCUGCGGAACGUUCCACGCUGAGGAACGUUCAACGCGCCGUAAAAAAGACAACGUAAACCAAAACGCAGAGGCGACCGGACAUUUGCGCAAACUGAAACACAUCUGACUAUUCAACGGUUGAACUUUCAAGCCUUUUAUACAAACGGAAGCGAUCCAUUCAUUAUACGUAUCUUCUUGUACGAUAACGGAGUUAUAUCGAACAGCUAAGUCGUCGAGGAUACAAUGCAUGCAUAAUUAGCGUGUAGGAUACUUAAAUCGUCGCAUUUUAUAUAUGGUGAUUUAAGUGGAGAAAUAAUGAAAAGGUUAAUGCAUUCUGUUUGCCUCUAUUUAUAUUAUUUAUAUAUUAAUAAUUUUAAAUGAUACGGAAUAUCUUGCAGCCUGUUGA